CGUCACACUAGGAAGUAAACAAAGAGCCGAACGUUUCUAAUUAACCGCUUGACCUGCGUCAGAAUGUCGAUUUCUAACCCAAGACAAGUGUUUUCAAACCCGUCGAUCCCAUUCGCUGGCACCAUUCUUGGUGGUUUACUGCCCGAGGAGAUGGUUCUGAUCCAGGGUUCGGUACCAUCUGGUGCUGACAGGUUCCAGGUGGAUUUUACGUGCGGCAGCAGCGUAAAGCCGCGGGCUGACGUGGCAUUUCACUUCAACCCCAGACUGAAGAAGAAGCGCAUCGUCUGCAACACGCUGGAGAAGGAGCGCUGGGGCAGCGAGGAGAUCAUGUAUCAGAUGCCUUUAAAAGUCGGAGGUGCAUUUGAACUCAUCAUCCUGGUCCUGAAGGACAAGUACAAGGUUGCGGUAAACGGAGCACACGUGUUGGAGUACAAACACCGCGUGGACCUGAACCGGGUCGACACCAUCCUCAUCUCAGGGACAGUCGAGGUUCAGGCUGUUGCUGUUCUUCCUCCUGCUUCUAGUCCCGCCUCUCCUGCUUCCAGUCUGACCAGCCUGAGUAGCUCAGACUCUGAGGCGAUUCUCUCGUUCAGAGAUCUGAAAGUUCCCUUCAGAGGACGGCUGGAGAAGGGGUUAAAGGUCGGACGCAGCAUCAUCAUCAAAGGACAGACGAGUCCGAAUGCAAACAGUUUCGGCGUUAACCUGCGCGACGCCAGCGGCCGUGACGUCGUCCUCCACCUGAACCCCCGCCUGGCCAAACGAGUCUUCGUCAGGAACUCGUUCCUGUCCGAGUGUUGGGGCGCCGAGGAGUUGGACCUGGAGGUCUUCCCCUUCGCGGCGGGGGAGUACUUCGAGAUGAUCGUCCGGUGCGACGCGCGGCACUUCAGGGUCGCCGUCAACGGAUGCCAUCAGUUCGACUACAAGCACCGAGUCCAGGACCUGAGCGCCGUCGGCCAGCUGGAGGUGGUGGGCGACGUGACGCUCAUGGACGUCCGGAUGACCUGAGAAACACUAAACACUCACCGUACAGCUGGGGUGUCCAAACUGGCUCAGGUGUUUACCACGGCGCAGACAGAAGGAGCAAAAAACUCAGAAACAUUCUGGAAACAAAACUGGGAAAUUUCUAGAAAGCCAUGGAAAUUUCCAGAGUUUCAAAAGUUGAAGAAUUUAUCAGUAAAAAACUAAAAAAA